AUGGAUACCAGCACGCGUAAAUUCACGGUGCGGAGAUGGUUUUCCAUCUACCUGAAGAACAAAGCAGCGAGGAACAAGAACAACACAAGCUUCGGUCAACUAGAGGAUGAUAGUAUACUGAAGGAGUUUGACAUCAGCCACCAUGUGAGGGAGGGCUGUGAGAAGGCAGACCCGUCACAGUUCCAGCUGCUUAAGGUGCUUGGACAGGGAUCCUAUGGAAAGGUGUUUUUGGUGAGGAAGAUCCGAGGAGCGGACAGAGGGCAGCUGUAUGCCAUGAAAGUUCUUAAAAAGGCUACACUCAAAGUCCGAGACCGCGUGCGCUCGAAAAUGGAACGAGACAUUUUAGCAGAAGUGAAUCACCCCUUCAUUGUUAAGCUGCAUUAUGCUUUCCAGACGGAGGGGAAACUCUAUCUGAUCCUCGACUUCCUCCGAGGAGGCGACCUUUUCACUCGCUUGUCAAAGGAGGUGAUGUUCACAGAAGACGAUGUGAAGUUUUACCUUGCAGAAUUGGCCUUGGCUUUAGACCAUCUUCAUAGUUUGGGAAUCAUCUACAGAGACUUAAAACCAGAAAAUAUUCUGUUGGAUGAAGAGGGACACAUCAAAAUAACAGAUUUUGGACUGAGUAAAGAGGCCAACGACCAAGAUAAAAGAGCAUAUUCUUUUUGUGGGACUAUCGAGUACAUGGCUCCUGAGGUCGUCAACAGAAGAGGGCACACUCAGAGUGCAGACUGGUGGUCCUUUGGGGUCCUCAUGUUUGAAAUGUUGACAGGAUCGUUACCUUUCCAAGGAAAAGAUCGCAAGGAAACCAUGGCACUCAUUCUCAAUAGGGCGAAGCUGGGAAUGCCACAGUUCCUCAGUCCUGAAGUGCAGAGCUUAUUAAGAGCACUCUUCAAGAGAAAUCCUGCUAAUCGACUCGGUGCAGGGCCAGAUGGAGUUGAGGAGAUAAAGAGACACCGCUUCUUUGCAUCAAUUGACUGGAACAGAUUGUUCAAAAGGGAAAUGAGGCCUCCGUUCAAACCGUCAGUUGGGCGACCUGAGGACACGUUCCACUUUGAUCCAGAAUUCACCUCCAGAACUCCCACAGAUUCUCCAGGCCUUCCUCCUAGUGCAAAUACACAUCAGCUGUUCCGAGGAUUCAGCUUUGUAGCAACCAAUCCAACUCAAGAGGCCAGCAUUAAUGUUGUAGCACCUUCACACAAUGAGGUCAACAUCAACUCCACGACACAGCAGGUCCGAAGCGAUGUUCUGUUCACUGAUGUUUAUGAAUUGAAAGAAGAGCUUGCACAGACUGCCACCGCCGUUUAUAAGAGAUGUCUACACAGAGUCACUGCUGUAGAGUAUUGUGUGAAGAUUAUUGACAAAACGAGAAAAGAUCCAGCGGAGGAGAUCGAGAUCCUACUUCGCUAUGGCCAACAUCCAAACAUUACAGGCCUAAAAGAUGUUUUUGAUGAUGGGCACAGUGCAUAUCUGGUUCAAGAUCUCCUGAGAGGAAAUGAGCUCCUGGACAGAGUUCUGACGUCUGCAAACUUCACAGAGAGAGAUGCGUCAGACAUUAUCUGCACACUGACAAAAACUGUGGAGUAUUUACAUUCGCAAGGGGUUGUUCAUCGAGAUCUGAAGCCCAGCAACAUCCAGUAUGCUGACAACCGGGGCCUGCCUGAAAGUAUUAGGUUGUCAGAUUUCAGCUUUGCCAAACAGCUCCGAGCUGAAAAUGGUUUACUCAUGACUCCCUGCUACACUGCGACAUUUAUGGCUCCUGAGGUUCUGAAGAAACAAGGCUACGAUGCAGCGUGUGACAUUUGGAGUCUCGGCAUUCUUCUGUACACCAUGAUUGCAGGUUACAGUCCAUUUGCCAGCAGUCCUAAUGACACAGGAGAGGAAAUAUUGGCCCAAAUUGGAAGUGGUAAAGUCGUAAUCACUGGUGGGAAUUGGGAUCUGGUGGCAGACACAGUGAAGGAUCUGGUCACAAAGAUGCUGCACGUGGACCCACACCAGCGGCUCACUGCUCCUCAGAUCCUGCGUCAUGCUUGGAUUGUAGAGAGAGAAAAGCUUUCUGACCGAGCGCUUACAAGACAAGAUGCACUCAGAGUGAAGGGGGCGCUCUCAGCCACAUAUUGUGCGCUCAGACGCUGCUCUCCGGCUCCUUUGCUUGAGCCGGUCCAGUCUUCUUGCCUGGCUCAGCGCAGAGGGACAAGGAGAGUCCCGAGUCCCAGCAUCAGUCCCCUCGCUCAGACCGACUCCAAAGAAAAGGAGCAAGCCGGGUGCUGCGUUUAUAUGAGCAUAUGUUUGCUGGAUGUGGAGCCGGGGGACAGCCUCAUGCUGUCUGCCUGGUCUGGUCCUUCUGCACCAGUAGAGCUGGCACUGCCUCUGCACGAGAGGCUGUGCCAGCUGGGUGCAGGGGCUGCAGAGGACCAGGUCAGCGAGCGACAAGCUGGGUCACUCUACUGCAGAGCCCACCCCUCCCCCCAGGGGAAUCAGCAUCCCACUCCGACCAAGCCCCACAUCCUCCAAACAGCUACGAAGACAGUUCGUCCCAAACAAAGCAGAACGAGCGCUUCAAAGCUCACUGAUGAGAAGUGA